AAACUCCAGAGUACGUCCACUUUUUCUGUGGCCACCAGCAUGGCUAACAGCACCACAGCAGCUGUUAAGGUUUUGGGGGCCCCUGGCCCUGCUGGCAGAAGUAGUCCAGAAGGAUCUCAGGUGCUCAGUAAGAAGAAGCUGCAGGACCUGGUGAGAGAGAUUGACCCAAAUGAGCAGCUUGAUGAAGAUGUUGAGGAGAUGCUGCUACAAAUUGCAGAUGACUUUAUAGAGAGCGUAGUGACAGCGGCUUGUCAACUGGCACGCCAUCGCAAGUCCAACACCUUGGAGGUGAAGGAUGUUCAAUUACAUCUUGAACGCCAGUGGAACAUGUGGAUUCCUGGUUAUGGCUCAGAUGAGAUCCGGCCGUUCAAGAAGGCUUGCACCACAGAGGCUCACAAACAGAGAAUGGCGCUGAUCCGCAAGACAACCAAAAAAUAGCAAGACUGUAGAUUAAUAUGUUGUACCCACUCUGUAAAAAAAAAAAAAAAAAUUUUCUUCUUUUUCAACUUGGAUCUUUUGGACUGAGGUGAAGAAAGAGAGGGUUUGGGUGGGGAUAUAUAUAUAUAUAUUUUUUUUUUUUUUUUUUUUCUUUUUCUUUUGACAUUAGUCAGUAGUUUCAUUGUCAUGUCUCCCUAAUUGAGUGUUCUGCCAGCACCAUCACACAAUAAUGUAAUUGUUGUCCGAUUCUGUUUUAUUUCCAUGAAGUUUAGCCUGGCAGAACUCUAUUCAUUGCAUUUUUGCCAAUAAACAUUUACUGGAGUACUUCCUUUGGGUUGUGACCACUACUGUAUCCCUUGUGCCUUCUCAUACUCUUGAGCAUUUGGAUGUGAAUGUUACUGAUUCAUCUGCCUCCUUAAAAUGCUCGUUGGUGUCAUCUUGCAAAUAAUAGUCAUAAAUGUUGAGUAUGUAAAAGAUCCCCCUGUUUACCCAUGCUACUCAUACAAUGCUGUUUAAUAGCUCUUUUAUAAUAAACAAAGGGUUUAAAUACUAAAUUUCCUACACUGCAAAUAGUGGCCACAAAUAUGGUUAAUUCUUUGCCUUCAUUGGUGACAUGUAUGUGCUGUAUUGUUAUUGAAUGUAGUAGGUUUUAUUACAGUAACAUUUAUUUCAACCAUUGUUAAUUUUUUUUUAAACUUUUGUCUAAUUCAGCAAAUUGCAUCAAAAUAAUGAUAGAAGAAAUUAUCCCCAGAUGCUGACUUUUCAUAAUGUCAGAUUAAAAAAAA